AUGAUUUUGCUGACAAUAAUCACUCGUCUGACGGACGGACUUCCGCUCGCUGCGUCUGUACAGGAGGAUGAACAGUUAGGAAUAGACCUCCAGCUGUACCAGAGCCAGGUCAAGCAGUUGUGCCGUAAACUGGACGCUCAGAGUCCAGAACGUUGUACCUUUGAUACCGGGGACAAGAACUUUCAUUUUUUAAUAUCCCAGGGUGUGUGUUACAUUAUCCUCUGCGAGGCUUCUUUUCCCAAAACGAUGGCUUUUGAAUACCUCGAAGACCUCAGCAAAGAGUUUUAUGUCCAGUAUGGAAAAAAAGUACCUACAGUAACCAGGCCCUACUCUUUCAUAGAGUUUGACACAUAUAUCCAAAAAGUGAAUAAGCCAUCUGUGUCGAUCAAACUCCGGAGGACCUUGGAAAGUACUAAAAAAGAGCUGGAUGAUACUCAGAAAAUAAUGGUGGCAAAUAUUGUUGAAGUCCUGCAGAGAGACCCUCUCUGUGAUAUUGCCAAAAAAGUCAGCAACCUGAGCAGCUUUUCAAAAAGUUGCCGCAGCAAUGCCAAAGAUGUCAACAGCUCCCCCGGCUAUGUUAAGGCUGUAGCUGUGGCUGUGUUCAUCACACUCAUCAUCUACAUGCGUUUCUGGUGGCCCUGA